AUGGGUAGGCCUCCUAAGAACCGUAACCAUAACAUUGUCAUCAUGAAGCAUUGGAACCAUGUAGAACAAGCUAUACUUGAAGCAGAACUCCUUAAGCAUGCAUCAAAAUGUAAAAUAACACGCUAUGCGAAGGCUGCACUACUGCUGCAUAGUAAGAGUAUUCGAGAUGUUGCAUGGCGAGUCAGGUGGAUGAAGGAAAAAUGUCCUCAAAAUCUUGCAAACAAGUCAUCUCACUUUGCUCCUCAACGCCCCAAUAAUGUUUCCGUGCAUGCUCCAACAAAUGUGAUGAUGGGAAAUCUUGAUGAAGCCAUGUCUCACAAAGAUGUUCAAGCAUCUGCUUUGAACUCUCAACCCACGACGAGUGAGGUUUUGGAGCAAAAUGGACAUACCUUGAGUCAAGUCUCUCCAAUUGGUCAUGAACUUCAGUGGCAUCCUGUGCAAAAUGCACAUACCUUGAGUCAAGUGUCUCCAAAUGGUUAUGAACAUCAGUGGCUUCCUCUGCAAAAUGCACAUACCUUGAGUCAAGUCUCUCCAAAUCUUCCUGUGGUCGAUAAUGAAGUGAAUAUGAUAAACAAUCAUGAUGACAUAUCUGAUUACCAAGAUGUUCAAGCUUUGCUUCCUCUCACAUUGGAGCAAAAUGCACAUGCUCCCUUGAGUCAAGUCUCUUCUGAUCCAAAUGAUUUUUCGUGGCCUGAGUUGGAGGAUUUGGACUUGGAUGAUUUAAUAACAACAAUCGAUCAACUUUUUCCUAAUAUACAUGAUGAGCUGAGGAUGGAUUAG